UUUGAAUAUCUGCACUUCUGUCUUCGCUGUCGCCGAGCAGAGAAGAGAGCAGCGCGGACGCAGAGCAACACACACUCUUUCCUCUGCACGACACACACCUGCAGACGCCUCGAUCUACAGCUUCAGGUUCCUAAGAUGAGCAACCCGACCCCCAUCAGCCCGGAGGAGCAGGAGGAGCUGAGAGAAGCCUUCGCCAAGAUCGAUGUGGAUAAUAACGGCUUCAUCAGUAAGGACGAGCUGACGGAGCUGUUCAGAGCCGCCAACCUGCCGCUGCCGGGGUACAGAGUGAGGGAGAUCGUCCAGGAGCUCACCGUGUCCUCAGAACAGCUCACCCUGCCCCAGUUCACCCAGAUAGUGCACGGGCUGAAGAGCAGCGACGUGGCCAAGACCUUCCGGAAAGCCAUCAAUAAGAAAGAGGGACUCAGGAACGUGGCGGGAACGUCGGAGCAGUCGGGAACACAGCACUCUUACUCAGAGGAGGAGAAGGUGGCGUUUGUGAACUGGAUCAAUAAAGCUCUGGAGAAAGAUGCUGACUGUAAACACGUCCUGCCGAUGGACCCCCACACCGACGACCUGUUCACCGCCAUGGGGGACGGCAUCGUGCUCUGUAAGAUGAUCAACCUGUCCGUCCCCGACACCAUCGACGAGAGGACGAUCAACAAGAAGAAACUCACUCCCUUCACCAUCCAGGAGAACCUGAACCUGGCUCUGAACUCGUCGUCGGCCAUUGGCUGCCACGUGGUCAACAUAGGGGCGGAGGACCUGAAGGAGGGCCGGCAGCACCUGGUCCUGGGUCUGCUGUGGCAGGUCAUCAAGAUCGGGCUGUUCGCUGACAUCGAGCUCAGCAGGAACGAAGCUCUGAUGGCUCUUCUGCGUGACGGAGAGUCUCUGGAGGAUCUGAUGAAACUUUCCCCGGAAGAGCUGCUGCUGCGCUGGGCCAACUUCCACCUGGAGGAGGCCGGCUGCAGCAAGAUCAACAACUUCAGCUCUGACAUCAAGGACUCGAAGGCGUACUACAACAUCCUGAACCAGGUCGCCCCCAAAGGAGACGAGGAGGGGAUCCCCCCCAUCGCCAUCGAUGUGUCCGGACUCAGGGAGAAGGACGAUGUGCAGAGAGCGGAGAUGAUGUUGCAGCAGGCAGACCGGCUCGGCUGCAGACAGUUCGUCAUGCCGACAGACGUCGUCCGCGGCAACCCCAAACUCAACCUGGCCUUCGUUGCUAACCUGUUCAACAAAUACCCGGCGCUGAAGAAACCCGAGAACGUGGACAUCGACUGGAGCUCCAUCGAGGGUGAGACCCGGGAGGAGCGGACCUUCAGGAACUGGAUGAAUUCUCUGGGAGUGAAUCCUCGAGUGAACCACCUCUACGUGGACAUUGACGACGCGCUGGUGAUCUUCCAGCUGUACGAGAAGAUUAAGGUCCCGGUGGAUUGGGACAAAGUCAACAAGCCGCCAUACUCCAAACUGGGAAGCAACAUGAAGAAGCUGGAGAACUGUAACUACGCGGUGGAGUUGGGGAAGAAGGAGGCCAAGUUCUCUCUGGUCGGCAUCGCGGGGCAGGACCUGCACUCCGGGAAUCGAAAGCUCACCCUCGCUCUGCUCUGGCAGCUCAUGAGGAGGUACACUCUGAACAUCCUGGAGGAUCUGGGCGACGGUCGUAAAGUGACGGAUGACACCAUUGUGUGCUGGGUGAACGACGCUCUCAAUCAGGCGGGGAAACCCACCAUCAGCAGCUUCAAGGACGCGUCGAUCAGCAGCAGCAUGCCGGUCCUGGACCUGAUCGACUCCAUCCAGCCCGGAUCAAUCAGAUACGACCUGCUGAAGACUGAAGACCUGACGGAGGACGAGAAGCUCAACAACGCAAAGUAUACACUUCAGAUUCACAUUCACAGGAGCACGUUCAGCUGUAGACUGAGACCACUGAGACCACUGAGACCACUGAGACCACAGGAGCACGUUCAGCUGUAGACUGAGACCACUGAGACCACUGAGACCACUGAGACCACAGGAGCACGUUCAGCUGUAGACUGAGACCACAGGAGCACGUUCAGCUGUAGACUGAGACCACUGAGACCACAGGAGCACAUUCAGCUGUAGACUGAGACCACUGAGACCACAGGAGCUCGUUCAGCUGUAGACUGAGACCACUGAGACCACAGGAGCACAUUCAGCUGUAGACUGAGACCACUGAGACCACAGGAGCUCGUUCAGCUGUAGACUGAGACCACAGGAGCACGUUCAGCUGUAGACUGAGACCACUGAGACCACAGGAGCACAUUCAGCUGUAGACUGAGACCACUGAGACCACAGGAGCACGUUCAGCUGUAGACUGAGACCACUGAGACCACUGAGACCACAGGAGCACGUUCAGCUGUAGACUGAGACCACUGAGACCACAGGAGCACAUUCAGCUGUAGACUGAGACCACUGAGACCACAGGAGCACGUUCAGCUGUAGACUGAGACCACUGAGACCACUGAGACCACUGAGACCACAGGAGCUCUUUCCUCCCAUCAAACUCUAUAACUCCUCCCACUGUGCAAUAUUAAUACCAUCAUUACAAACACUCGCUGCUAUAUAACGUGCAAUAAUAAUACUAAUGUGCAAUAAUAACGUGCAAUUACGUAUCUGCCACUACAUCUUUUUGCACUUUUCAUUACUGCUUGUCAGUUUUUUGCAUUAGUUAUGUGACCGUCUAUGUUUCUUGUAGAUAUUUAAUUAACUGUUUUUAUUGCACUGUUUACUGUCUCUUUGUAACUCUGGCACAACAAUUUCCUUCGGGAUAAAUACAGUCCUAUCUUAUCUUGCAGAAUAAAAUAUCUCACAGGAACAGCAGAGGUGUGAACGUACCUGCCAAUUAACCCGAUUCAGAUUUAAAACUUGUUUACAGUAGCUUUAAAUGAACAGUAUCCUAUAUCCUGUGAGGUAGUGGAAGCAGGCUAGAAUAUGUGAGUACAGAUUGUUCAGGUGGAAUAACAGAACCUU